AUGAUGGCGGACGAUACCCCGCCGUGGUUCAUCAAGACCACCCACACCGCGCCCAAACCCAUGUCCAUCCACGCCUUCAAGAUGGCGCUCCUGCAGAAGAGGCUGGCGGUUACCGCCGCGGAUGAGGAUGCGCCGAUGAUCAAGGCGGAGUUGAACGCGGCUUCGAACAAGCGGAUGCAAAAGGAGCUGAUGGAGAAGUACGCCAACGCGGCGGAGGACGCGGAGGACACGAAGGAGGCGGCGGUGCGAGCGAGGGAGAAAUCGGAGCAGCUGAGACGCGAGUAUAAGGACGAGAAGGAUGCGAUUCGGCAGAAGGGGGCGCGCGAGCAGGAGACUCGAGCAAAGGCGCUUCAGGACAGGGAGGCUAAACGCGCCGAGCAGAAACGGAAGCUUCAGGAGAGCGUCUCGUCGCUAGAAACGAAGCGCACGAAGAACCUGCUGUCUCUGAAACAGGUGCUCAACGACCACAAGGAGGCGAAGAGGAGCCUCGAGGAUGCGCCGCCCGCGAUGUAA